CGAAGGGAGGGCGAGGGCGAUGCCGCUGCCGGACACCAUGUUCUGCGCGCAGCAGAUCCACAUCCCCCCGGAGCUGCCCGACAUCCUGAAGCAGUUCACCAAGGCUGCCAUCCGCACUCAGCCGGCCGACGUGCUGCAGUGGUCCGCGGGGUAUUUCUCAGCACUGUCCCGCGGAGCCCCACUGCCCGUGAAGGACAGGGUGGAGAUGCCUACGGCCACUCAGAAGACGGACACGGGUCUGACUCAAGGGCUCCUCAAGAUCCUGCACAAGCAGUGUGGCCACAAGCAAUUUGUGAAUCUCGAUGACCUAGAGCAGAAAUGGAGAAACCUGUGCUUGCCCAUCGAGAAAUUCCAGGCCAUCCUGCAGCUGGACCCGCGCACUGAGAAAAUUGAGUGGAUCAAGUUUUUAGCGCUCUGCUGCAGCUCGCUGGGUGGGACACUGAACUCGGCCAUGCGGCAUGUCUGUGAGAUCCUAAGUACCCGACCCCCGACUCGGCCUAUCCCCUUCGAGAUCUUCUCAGAUGUCUACCAGUACCUGUGGGGCCUUGAGCGCUCCGGCUCCGAGAUUGAGAUGCAGUCGUAUCUGGCCUCACUCAAGCUGACCAUAGACGCGAAAAACAACAGCAGUAUGAUUGGACCCGCCGAUUUCUUCUACGCGAAGAAGGUAGUUGUGUAAGCGCCCCGGAAGAGGGCUCGGCAGCCACGUGUGGGGGAGAGAGAGAGAGAGAAAGAUAGAGUGGCAAAUACAGCUUCUCUUGAACACA